AUUAUACAACCAUUCUAUGAAUCGCUGCCGCUUCCAAGCUAUAUCUAUAACGCCGUUGGCUGGAACCAAGUUUUCUUUCCCUUGCUCUGAAUCCUUCUGAACUUAGAAACAAGCCACAAACUGAGCUUCUGUGUCAAUCUACCACACCUCGAUGAACAGCGACCGCAGUCGUCACAGGCGCGAACCCAUAUUAUAACGGAUCCUUCACUGAUUAUUCUUCGGAAGGGAAGGACUGAAUUUCUAGGGUUUUCUUUCUUUACUUAAUCUCUCAAUUGGGGUAUAUUUCAUGGCGAUGGAGGGGGCCAGCAAUGGAGGGAUGUUGUAUCACGAGGUACAGGAAUCGAAGCUCUGCGCCGUGCAUUGCGUCAACACCGUCCUCCAGGGUCCUUUUUUCUCCGAAUUCGAUUUGGCGGCGCUUGCCUCCGAUCUCGAUACCAAGGAGCGCCAGGUCAUGUCACACGCCGGCCCUGCUCCUCCUGCUGCCGGCGGCGAUUUCCUCUCUGCGGAGUCUCACAAUGUCUCCAUGGGGGGAGAUUUCAGCAUCCAGGUUUUGCAAAAGGCAUUGGAGGUAUGGGACCUGCAAGUCAUUCCCUUCAGCAGUCCGGUGGCCGAGCCAGCACACCUGGACCCUGAUACAGAAAAUGCAUUCAUCUGCCACUUGCACGACCACUGGUUCUGCAUCAGGAAAGUGAACGGGGAGUGGUAUAACUUUGACAGUCUAGGUGCAGCCCCAGUGCACCUGUCAAAGUUCUAUCUCGCAGCUUACCUGGACUCCCUGAGAAGCGCUAGCUGGAGCAUAUUCCUGGUGAGAGGCAACUUCCCUCAGGAGUUCCCUAUCUCGUCCUCUGAAGCUUCCAAUGGCUAUGGCCAGUGGCUGUCUCCUGAAGACGCUGACAGGAUCAUAAAGUCCUGUUCUGAUGCACAGGAUGUGCAGGAUCCUAAGCCCCUCAGCAUCGUCCGACCGGGUACGGACUCGUACGAGGAAAUGUGGUCGCAACGAGAAGAUGAGGAUUUGAAAGCUGCAAUUGCUGCUAGCUUGAUGGAUUCAAGUGCUGCCAGCAGCAGUGCCUUGAAAGACAAGGAACCGGAGCACAAAGAGCCUGUUGGCUCGGGGAAGGAAAAGGAAGAGGCUGCAAAAGACGAGGCAAAGGAGACCAAAAAAGAUAAAGCAGAAUGAGAAGAGAGGAUUUGAAGGAUUGAAUUUGAAAAGGAACAUCAUUUUAGAGAAUUCAGUUGAACUGUACACAGAAUACACAGAUCUUACAAUUUUUCUUCUUUUUCUACUGUGUUUCUCGGUUAGUUUUUCUUUCAGAUUAGUGUUGCGAAGGACCUCCUCAGUUUUCCUCAUGUAUACGCAGUUUUCUGUCAUUACUCAUUACUCUU